UGAGACGUUCCAAGAUCCAUGCCCUGGGGCCGGGGAUCGGGAAGGUUUACGCGGAACAGAGCGUCGAAAAAACUGCAACAUCGAUCAAUCCACUUUUACUAAGGUUAGCGCUGCGGACUCUGCGACCGUUGUGAUGUCGUCUAGCGAGAUGAGCAGCAGAAACGGCCGUGGCAGCAUGGCUUGGUGGAGGAGAUGCUGGUGUUUGCUGUAUUUGCUCUUGUCGACACUGGAGUACACAUGCCUUCGUGGUGUGAACUGCGCCGACAUUCCAGGCUAUUCGCCAUCGUGUUCAGGAGUGAAGACAUGUUCUGAAUGUCUGGACUUGCAUCAAUCCUGCAUGUGGUGUGCUGAUGAGGCUGAGGAAUGGCGUCAGCGUUCCCGUUGCUUGCCUGUGUCCGAGGCAACACGGGUGAUGUGCCAUGCGCCUAUCAACCCAAGAUCCUCCAUCAACGUACUGCAGGACGAGUCAUUCAAUGUGUCGCAGGUCAAACCUCAGCGCGUAGCUGUAAACCUUCGUUCAGGAUCCAGCUUAACGCUUACGGUGGAACUAUUGCCUAAUCGCAACUAUGAACUGGAUGUGUAUUACUUGAUGGAUCACUCGUUUUCCAUGAGUGAUGACCUGGCCAACAUGAAGAGGUUUGCAACUAGCAUAGCCCGCAGCCUGCAGAACCUGACAUCGCAAUACCAGUUAGGAUAUGGCACAUACGUUGACAAGAUUAUCGCACCUAUCGUGACCACGGGACGCGAUGCCUUCACGCCUCUGAUACCGUGCGCAGGGUGCAAGUAUCCAUACUUGUUCCAGAACUCACUGCCGCUAACGAAUAAUGCAACAUUGUUCCAAGAGACAGUGUCGGCAGAUCACAUAGCAGGUAAUGCAGACAUCCCAGAAGGAACCCUGGAUGCUAUCGUGCAAGUUGCAGUGUGCAAGAAGGAAGUAGGCUGGCGUCAGAACUCCAGACGUGUUCUUCUUGUGGCUACAGAUGCCACCACACACACAGCGGGAGCAGGAAAGCGUUUUGGCAUCCACACACCCAACAGCGGCAAGUGUCACCUGGACAAACAUGGCGUGUACUUGGGUCGGGAUUCGGACUACCCGUCUAUAGCGUACAUGCGCUACGUCCUGGAAAGGGAAAACAUACUGCCCAUAUUCAUGACGGUGGACUCGCAAAAACCCUGGUUUUCUUCGGUUGUCAAUGAAAUGCAAUCAGCAGGAGCUAAGCUCGCCAAGCUGUCCAAAUCAUCAGACAAUGUUCUGGAGAUUCUGGAAACUGAGUUAUUGAGGCUGGUGAGAACGGGACGGAUGUUAGUGCAGCAACAAGCAGGUAUCAACAUUACUGUAUCUGCACAUUGUCCAGACGGAGGCAAUGCUUCAACAGCGGGAUCAGUGGAGUACUGCACAAACUUAGACUUUGGCAAGAAGGCUAGCUUCAAUGUAACACUCACUGCACUCUCAUGUGAAGACCUGAUCAAGACCAAGCAAGUGUUGCUGCGUCUUGUUGGCUAUGGUGAUGUCAUAGUUGAUAUCAACGCUCUCUGCAAGUGCCCGUGUGAACAGAACAAGGAUAACAGCUCAGAUUUUUGCUCGGGUCAGGGAGUCAGUGAAUGUGGCAUCUGCAAGUGCAACCAGGGAUUCAGAAACAAGCAAGCCAACGUAUCCAAUUGUGACUGCGACAUUUUCAGCAACUCAACCUGCAUAGCGAAUGGCACAUCGUCAGUAUGUAGUGAUCGCGGAGAGUGUGUAUGCCAAGAGUGUGUCUGUGGCAAGCCAGCUGGAACAGCCAUUCCGGACGCUGCAUAUUCAGGACAGUAUUGCGAGUGUGACAAUUUCAACUGUCCACUGUCGGAUACCGGUGCUAUUUGUGGAGGUACAUCUCAAGGCUCAUGUGUAUGUGGACAGUGUCAGUGCAAUGCCAAUUAUACCGGCUCAAGUUGCGACUGUUUGCUGCACAGCGGACCCUGCAAGGAAACCAGUGAGAGUGCAGUAUGCAGCGAGGCUGGCACAUGUCACUGUGGUGCAUGCCAAUGCAAGGAUGGCUUCACAGGACCAUACUGUGAGGAUUGUGCAGAUACUAGAUCUCCGUGUGAGCUAGCUGUCAUAUGCUUCAAUUCCACUGAUGGCGGCAGCCUGGGAGAAGCCCUGCCGUCUUGUCCAGGACUCAGCCCAGAGCAGAGUACCGAGGACAAUCCUACUAUUAUUGGCAAGAGAGCCUACCAGUGUGUCUCACCUGUCCCCAUUCAAGCCACACCGACAUGCACUGUCUCAGAGUUCUUUGCAGCGUUUGACACAAGCAAAGGUGACCGUUGUCAUCGGCCAUUCCUGCCAUUCGUCACUAAAGAAUGCACGGUUGCCAAGCCUACUAGCUAUCUUGUCAUAGCCGUUGCUCCAGCCGGUUCUCUGGUUUUAGUGGCACUGGUGACCAUCAUCAUUGUCAAGUUGUGUGUCAUGCACAGGGAUCGACUGGAGUACAAGACUUUCAUCAGAGAGACAAAUAAGAUCAAAAACAAUGGAAUGGCUGAGAAUCCACUGUACAAGGCGGCAACUGUGAAGGUCGUCAACCCGGUGUUUUUCGGAUCUGCCGAUCCUGAUACGAAGCCAGCUGAAAGCAAUUGAGAAGGGAAGGCGGGGAUGUAGGCUUUGCAGUAAGGCCCAGUAUUCAAACACACCAUCUUAUUUCCUGCUGACAAGUCAAGUCUUGGAUCCAAUCGGCCUUACCGGAAGCGGACAGUCGUUAUGCAAGCAUACCUAACACUCUCAGCAUCCUCCUGGGUUUUAAUUGUUGCAAACCUUACAUUUACCAUUGCUGUUCUCUGCAAACUGUAUUGCUGUCAUCAUUAUCACACUGCAGUGGUUUGAUAACCGCAAUCAAUAAGACAAGCUGAAUCGACAUUUGUGUAUACUUUAUUCAUGCAAUGUAAAACGGUGGAGAGUGGAAUAGCUUUUUGUAAGUACGCACUUGAUGUGUAUUUCUCAAAACUUGUAUUCACCUAAAUCCCACUGCAAUGAACAGCAAGGUGGCGUUGAUGUGCAUGGACGAAGCCAGUCGCUGAGAAUGGAAUUUAAAAUUCAAAAUUCAAGGCACUGCACAUCUAAGUGAUGCCAUGUCUAACGUUACAUGAACGCAGUCAUGUUAUUUUUACGCCUUCUUUCUCCACACUGUCUGAGGUAUACGCACUCGUACCUGUUCUAUACACAAUGCCACUGCCAAGAUUCUGUAUUUGCAAUUUAUAGAUAACUUGACCAUGUAUGGAGCAAUGCAGUUUUUCCAUUUUUCAGAAACGGUCUUUGCCCGUAAAUCAA